CAGUUGUAGGCUCCCCGUUUUCUCUACAGGUCCCAAAGGCAGUAACUCCACACAGUACCCACUCCAGUGCGGUGCGUGUACUGGUUUGGAGAGGAAGCCCCGCAUCAGCGGAGGGUCGGUCUCCCUCCACUUGGCCCCCACUGGGACAGGGAUUCUGGAGGCGCGGAGCGGGAGGGAGCUGGGCGGAUGGCAAGUCCUCCAAAACUCCCCUGCAGAGCGGCCUGAUCAGAGAGGCAGACAGGGCACCGCCGCGGGGAAGCGAGAGGCCCCUUCCACCCGCCCAGGCCGGCCAGGCCCCGCGGGGCACCGGCCGGGCCUCACAGGGGCCCAUUCACCGCGCUGGUACCGACGGGCCGCCCCCCGGCCCCGGCCCGAGCGCGAGCGCCGCUAGGACCCAGCCGCUGCCGCGCCGGGUGGGUGAUCACAGCUGCAUCUCACCUGCGGAGGUACCCAGACCAGGCAGGGCAGGGCGAGAGGACGGAUCCCUGCCACCCAGACCACAGAGGGGCCCAGCACACACAGUGCUCCUCAUAGGUCAGCCUCAGACCUGCUGUCCCAGAGGGCUCGGAGGUCCAGCCAGCCAGCAGGCCUCAGCCCCUCCAUAUCCCACAGGCCACCAAGCCUGUGGGCACCCCAGGCUGGCCUGCAGUGCCAGGCUCUGCAGGAUGGAGGCUUCGCCUGAGCCCCCGCCGCAGGGCCGGGGGCUGCUGCUGGUCCGACGGCAGCCCCCCGCGUCCAAGGGCCUGCUGGAGACGCUGAAGGCCAGGCUUUGGCGGAGCUGUACCUGCAGCGUGCCACGAGCCCAGGCGCUGGUGCAGGACCUGGUCCCUGCCACACGCUGGCUGCGUGAGUACCGUCCUCGGGAGGACCUGGCGGGUGACGUCAUGUCGGGCUUGGUCAUAGGCAUCAUCCUGGUGCCCCAGGCCAUCGCCUACUCCCUGCUGGCCGGGUUGCAGCCCAUCUACAGCCUCUACACGUCCUUCUUUGCCAACCUCAUCUACUUCCUCAUGGGCACCUCGCGCCAUGUCAACGUGGGCAUCUUCAGCCUCCUGUGCCUCAUGGUGGGGCAGGUGGUGGACCGGGAGCUCCAGCUGGCUGGCUUCGACCCCUCCCAGGACAGCCUGAGGCCUGAGGCCAACAGCAGUGCCCUCAGCAGCCCCAACACCUCACUGGUGCUGGGGCCACAGGGCUGCGGGAGGGACUGCCACGCCAUCCGUGUCGCCACGGCCCUCACGCUGGUGGCCGGGAUCUAUCAGGUCCUCAUGGGCGUCCUCCGGCUGGGCUUCGUGUCCACCUACCUCUCGCAGCCCCUGCUGGACGGCUUCGCCAUGGGGGCCUCCGUGACGAUCCUGACCUCACAGCUCAGGCACAUGCUGGGCGUGCGGGUCCCGCGGCACCAGGGCCCGGGCAUGGUGCUCAGCACGUGGCUGAGCCUGCUGCGCAGCCUUGGGCAAGCCAACCUGUGUGAUGUGGCUACCAGUGCCGUCUGCCUGGCAGUGCUUCUGGCCGCUAAGGAACUUUCUGACCGCCUCCGGCACCGCCUGAAGGUGCCGCUGCCCACAGAGCUGCUGGUCAUCGUGGUGGCCACGCUCGUGUCCCACUUCGGGCAGCUCCACAGGCGCUUUGGCUCCAGCGUGGCAGGCGAUAUCCCCACUGGCUUCGUGGCCCCUCAGGUCCCGGACCCCAGGCUGAUGCAGCGUGUGGCACUGGACGCAGUGUCCCUGGCCCUUGUGGGCUCGGCCUUCUCCAUCUCACUGGCGGAGAUGUUUGCCCGCAGCCAUGGCUACUCCAUCCGUGCCAACCAGGAGCUUCUGGCCGUGGGCUGCUGCAACGUGCUGCCUGCCUUCUUCCACUGCUUUGCCACCAGUGCCGCGCUCUCCAAGAGCCUGGUGAAGACAGCCACUGGCUGCCGGACACAGCUCUCCAGCGUGGUCAGUGCUGCUGUGGUGCUGCUGGUGCUGCUGGUGCUGGCCCCUCUGUUCUGGGACCUGCAGCGGAGUGUGCUGGCCUGCAUCAUCGUGGUCAGCCUGCGGGGAGCUCUGCGCAAGGUGAGGGACCUCCCACAGCUGUGGCGGCUGAGCCCCGUGGACGCGCUGGUGUGGGGGGCCACUGCAGCCACCUGCGUGCUAGUCACCACUGAGGCUGGGCUGCUGGCCGGGGUGCUCCUCUCGCUGCUCAGCCUGGCGGGACGCACGCAGCGCCCACGGGCAGCCCUGCUGGCCCGCAUUGGGGACUCGGCCUUCUAUGAGGACGCCACGGAGUUCGAGGGCCUCGUGCCUCAGCCUGGGGUGCGGGUGUUCCGCUUUGCGGGGCCACUCUAUUAUGCCAACAAGGACUUCUUCCUGCGGUCACUCUACAGCCUCACAGGGCUGGACGCGGGGCGCUCGGCUGCCAGGAGGAGGGAGCCAGGCUCAGAGGGGGCCGGUGGAGAGGGAGAGCCUGUCCACGGCAAGGCCCCGGGCUCGGUGAACAGCAGGGUCAGGCUAGUGCCCGCGGCUGCUGGCUUCCACACGGUGGUCAUUGACUGCGCCCCGCUGCUGUUUCUGGACGUGGCUGGCAUGGCCACGCUGCAGGACCUGCGCCGUGACUACCAGGCCCUGGGCGUCACCCUGCUUCUGGCCUGCUGCAGCCCCUCAGUGAGGGAUGCCCUGAGGAGAGGAGGCUUCCUGGGUGAGGACCAGGGUCCUGAGGAGGAGCAGCUGUUCCCCAGCGUGCACAGUGCUGUGGAGGCCGCCCACGCCCGUCAUGGGGAGCUCAUGGUCGCUGACUCUGCCCUCUAGCAGGGCCAGGGACUGCCAGCGUCCACUCCCUCCCACAAGCCCAAGGGAGACACCCACAGCCAUCACUGAGCUCCUGCUGCAGGAGCUGCCCAAGGGCUAGAGUCAGCCAAGCGUGAGACCUUGGGCCACCUCUGCCAUGGAGAAGCCAGGGAACCUCACUUGAAAGGGAGGGUCAGCACUCUCAGACACACGAGAACCCCAAGUGCUCACCCAAAACAUGUGCCCCACCCUGGUGCAGCACAGGCAUGGCCCCUUGGGCCAGACUCAGAAAGGCCAGGCCCGGUCUGACAUUCUGUGUCACUGUCUUAUUUGAACAGAGUCCUGCAAAUUAUGUGGCCUCCAAGGUGUCAGAAGGCCACCCUAUCCCUGGGCCUACCUGGCCCCUGCUCCCAGGAGGAGCUGAACCAAGGGCACCAGGGCCAGUGUCUGGAGGGCCACCACACCCAAGUGCUCCUUGCACUCCGUGCUCACCUCUGGGCAGGCCAGCUGGUCCAGUGUCAGGGACAAGGUGGAUAAGCAACCUUGGCCCUCAGGGGCAGUGUCCCCACAUAGCUCUGCCAGUGGCCACACAGACUGGAGCACCUGUCCUCACACACAGAGCCAGGUGCAGCAGAUGCAGCCAGACACCAACCUCCAUGGCGACCUCCAGGGUGAAGCCAGCUGUGCCCCUUCCAGGGACUCAGAGCCUCUGGGACACAGUGACCCCUGGGCUCCAGCACAGCCAGCCAGGAUGUCCCCCUCCUGCCUUCCCCAGGGGAGGCGCUGACAGGAGCACUCUGGGGGCGACAUGUCUCAGAGCAGCCCCAGCACCGUGCCCCACGCGGUCCCUCCCACCCCAGCCCUACACUUCUCCACAGUGGCUGGCGAGAGCAGGCCUGCCUCCUCGCUGCUUCUGUGAGGUGGGCUCUGGCCAGCAGCCCCCAGGUGCCUGCCCAGCAGCACCCACCUGGCAGUGACGAGGUCCAACAGCCAGUGUGUCCGGACUUGCUUGAUGCCACCAUGAGGGACGGCACCCACAUAGGCGAGGUUGAGUUGCUGGUCCCAGCUGAGGUCGUACUGGGCAGCCUGGUCAUGUGGCAGUGGGGGGCUGGGGACAGGACGGGAGUGCUGUGUUCAUCCUGGGGAGGGGGCUCCAGUGGAGCCGCCUCCACACAUCUGGCACCACUACCCAGGCAGUGAAUAAUAAAAUGACCCCUCUACCAGGAAUGCCCUGCGGCUGGUCCUCCUGGGUGGGAGCUCCCAAGAGACACUUGCCCUGCCAGACAGGGAAGGGUCUCAGCUCCCUAAGGAGGGCGCUGGUGACACAGACAGAUGGGGGUCAGCUCCAGCACCCCUGGGCUGCCCUUUUUGGGAGUCAGGAAGAGGGAAGAGGGCAUCCUGAGCCCACAGCCUAAGUGCCCGCCAGGGCGCUUCAGACUCCGGGGCCAAGGGAACGCUCAGGGCUGACCCCAGAGCUCCAGCCCAGGGGACACCCACUCAGUAAAACCCAGAACCCAAACUCGGCGAAGGAGGGGAAAGGAGGGAAGACGCCCCACCCCGAGUCACAGAGGAAGGGGCUUGGUCCUGGCUCCUGAGCCCCACGGCGUGGAGGGCAGCGAGCCCGAGUGUCCUCAGACGCGAUCGGGGCCCCAGGGCAAGCUGGGCGGCCCGCUUCGGGCACAGCGAGCGUGUGCGCGGGCGCGGGCCUCCCGGGCCUCCCGGGCCUCCCGGGCCUCAGCCUCCGCGCGAGGUCGCUCACCAGAAGCCGGUGCUCCUCCAGAAGUGCCGCAGGGGCCGCAGCGCGCGGGCCGCGUCCACGCGCACCAGGUGCGGGGCCUCGGCCAGGGCGGCGGCCAGGGCGGCGGCCAGGAGCGCGAGCCGCGCGGCACGGCGGCGCAGGGGGCGCAUGACCGCAGGCGCCGGACGCUCCGCUCCCGCAGGGCCCGCGGAUCUGGCGGGCCGUUCGGCCGGCCGGGGGCGCCCACGUGACCGCCGCGGCGGGACAGAGGGCGGGGCCUCGCGGCCGGGCGGGGCGGCGGCUGGAGGCGCCGCUUCCUGCGCGCGGCGCGGGUCCCCUGUGUCCCCGCGGAGCCCGGCGUUGCGACCCCGCGUGGCUGCGAGGGCCGGGGACCCGACGCGGAAAGGCCUCGGGAGAGCGCGGGCCCGGUGCUGACGUCUCGGCAGUGCUCGACCGGCGGCCAGAGGCCCGGACUGCGCCAGCCGGUCACCGGGGGCUACCUGAGGAGGCCCCUUGCGAGGUGGGGGUCAGAAGGAGUCGGAAGGGCUCCUAGGGCUUUGGCGAGUGCCCUGUCGGUUUCCUGAAAAGGGGCUGUGGUGAGAGGAACAGGUGUGGCCCGAGGCGUGCCUUCUCUAAGGAGUCAGGUGGCCACUUCUCAUGGACAGCUGAUGACCAGCUGGGAUGUCCUGGGGAGGCAGGGUCAGAGGUGUGUAACGACGUUUACAGUCCGAAUUUUGGACACAGCCUGUAGAACACAGCAACCGGUAGCCAGCAGUCAAAUUUCACAACAGGGCGAAGAGCCCCUUGCCUGCACCCCCUCUGCCACACAGCAGAAGCCGGUCCCUGCAGCCAGCCAAGGUCACCAGUUCUUCUGGAAGGUGCUUGUAAAUCUUGGGUCAUCAGCACGACUGUAAAGGGAUGGGUGAAAGGACAGGGCAAAGCUGGUGUCAGGAAGGGGGAGCCUUCAGGGAUGAGCACCGUGCACAGCUGAGACAGGCCUAGUGGGCCCAACGUCCCGAGAGCUUUCCUGGAGGCAGAGAAGCACCAAGAAGGUGGUGGAGACAUGGAGAGCAUGGAGGGUGACUGUCCUGGCAGAGUCCUGGGCAGAUGUUAGUAGAGCUCGGCACCCAUGCAGGCCUGUAGUCCAGUCACUUGGGAAACGGAGGCAAGAUUGCAAGUUCCAGGCCAGCCUCAGCAACUUAGCAAGACUCUGUCUCAAAAUAAAAAAUAAAAAGGACUGAGGUGUAACUCAGUGGUAGAGCAUCCCUGGGUUCAAUCCCUAGUACUUGGAGGGUGGGAAGUUAAGCAGUAACUCAUGCAAAACUCAAACCUAUGGAGCGGAAAGCAGAAACAAUAACAAGUGAAUCUCACGGGGUCAUAUUGUAGCAGAACUGGCAGGCAAGAAAGAUCACAGCAAGGGCUGGGGUUGUGGCUCAGGGGUGGAGCACUCGCCUAGCACGUGUGAGGCACUGGGCUCGAUCGUCAGCACCAAGUAAAAAUAAAAAUAAAUAAAGGUAUUGUGUCCAUCUACAACUAAAAAAUACUUAAAAAGAAAGAUCACAGCAAGAUUUUAAGAGCUACCUGAAGAAAAGUUUCCAUCACCUGCAGAGGAAGGGCCAUUGACUAACAGCAGAGCAGGCAGCAGGGGCAGUGGGGAGCAGGAAGACAGGACGGGCUGCACCAUGGUGAGAGAACAGUGACCCAGAACACAGGCCAGCGUGACCUCACGGGGGUGCCGGCUGAUGCAGCUCGCCCACCCCCACUCCCACCAAGGUUCAGGAGCUGGGGGUCUGACCUCAGGUGGCCACGUUGGGAGGUGAGACCUUGCAGCCUGGGUCCCAGCUGCUGGAGUGCUGCCCUCCCCAGGGAUUGUGGGACCCCAGCCUCUCUGGCUUCCUGUUUUGAGAUGUGAUCUCUCAUUCCUGCACACAACUCUGCCAUCUGCCAGGGGGCUCACACCAGAGCCAGUGUCCUGCUGCUCCACAGCCUCCACAUCUUGUAGCUAAAUAAACCUCUUUUCUUUAUGAAGUUACCCAGCCUUGGGCAUUUUGUUGUAAUAACAUGAAAUAGACUAAUUGGAGGGUUAAAUCAAUAUACUUGCAGAUGGAAGAACACUGGCAAUCUCCCCAAGAUGUCUAUACUAAGGGAAUUAAAAAUUUUUUUUUUUACUGGGGUUUGAACCCAGGGCCACUCAACCACUGAUCACAUCCAGCACAGCAGCGACCUGAGAGUUGGAAGGUGGGAUAUUGCAGUUUAAAGUUGUGGAGACUUUUUAUUUAGCAGGAGGAGGUUAAGAUAUUUUUAACACUGGAUUCUCUUAUGUUGAGAUUGCAAGGGUUAGAUGCCAUGACUAGUCAUUUAAAAGAGAAACAAUGUAUAAAUUCCAAAACAUCAAGGAAGGAAAAUAAAAUACAAAAAAAAAAAAAAAAUUCUGAAAACCCUGUUAAUUUAGAAAACUGAAAGACAUGAAAGA